AUGAUGCAGUUCGCCAGAACAGUUCUUCGUCUGUUUCUGCAAAGACCGCAGGUGAUGCAGAUGUCCCGCUGGGGAGUUCUGUUUAAGAUAAUCAUUUCAUCUGUCACUGACUUCUUGCAAGUGAUUUCCAUCUGGAUCGCAUGGGAUCGUAGGAGAUCCGAUCAAACCCUGGGGAUAUUUCUACAGUACUGGAUGUCAGCAAUUGUGAAUUUGGCCAUAACGGAACACUAUCUGGCAAUCCUUUUCGUUAGGGCUUACUAUAACCUUCUCAACCAGGAGCUACGACAGGUGAUGGAAGAGUGCAAGAAGUUGAGUAACCUUCCCCAGCGAAGGGGUGCUUUCAUGACCAGAUGUUGCGAUCUGGCCGAUCAGUUGGACGACAUUGCUCAGCUUCAAAGUGAGCUGAUCUCAAUGGUGACCCAGUUGGGUGAGGCCCUCGGCAUUCAGGGGCUAAUGGUUUAUGGGGGAUACUACAUAUUCUCAAUAGCCACUGUUUACCUUUCGUACAGUAUCUUUAAAACUGGAUAUGAUAAUUUGGAUAUGACCGUGACGUCAAUGAUUUUGACCUUCAUUUGGUGCAACUUUUACUACCUUGACGCCUUGCUCAAUCUGUUUAUCACCCUUAAUCUGCUUGACGACCACAAGGAUAUAAAACGUCUAUUGGGAGAGCGAACCGUAUUUGCCUCUCGUUUGGAUAUUCGUCUGGAGGAAUCUGUAAGAUACCUUAAGCCACAAACUUAA